GCGUGCAUUUGGCCCAAUGAUGAGUUUUGGUAUCUUACCUUGUAGGCUAGUACUACUUUAUCGGAUUUGUACCCGAAAAAGAAAAUAUUGAGAAGAAAAAACAAAAGCAACACAAUUUGUUGUUGGUGUGGAGAAUCAAAUACAGUAAUAGGAAAAGAAAACAAAAACUUGUAAAAUCAAAAUGAGAGUGAGCUCUACUACACACAAUCAAACUGGCAAAGGAAUUUAUUACAUCUUCUUCUCAAAAAUAGAACUGGCAAACGCAUCUAUGAUCUAACGCCAAAUUCCCCAAAACCCAAUCCAGAAAUUCAAAAAAAAUAAAAAAACAGAGAAACAAUGCAAAACCAAUCAUCACCUUCACCAUCACCAUCACCAUCACCCUCACCCUCACCUUCACCACCAACACAACACACCUUCUCCACUACCAUUCCAAUUCCCAAUCCCAAAGAUCACAAAACCACACUCUACAUCAUCGUAGCCGCUUCUCUCUUCUCUCUCCUCUUCUUCCUCUCUUCCUCUUCCACCUCCACCUCCGCCUCCGCCUCCACCUCCCAAAUCCGCCCCGAUCCAUAUCUCUUCCCGACCCACCAAACCUCCUCCGACCCUUCCCCUCCCUCCAUCGCCUACCUCAUAUCCGGAUCCGCCGGCGACUCGGGUCGGAUCCUCCGUCUUCUCCUAGCCACCUACCACCCCAAAAACCAGUACCUCCUACACCUUGACCUCACUGCUCCACAAUCUGAGCGUGAUGGUCUCGCUAUUUCAGUCCAAUCUAUCCCCAUUUUCAAAGCUGCCCAGAACGUCAAUGUCGUCGGCAAGGCCGAUUUCGCUUAUCCAAAGGGCUCCUCUGGUAUCUCCUUCACGCUCCGUGGCGCCUCUAUACUGCUCCGGCUUUCGCAGAAUUGGGAUUGGUUUGUUACUCUCAAUGCCGCUGAUUACCCACUUGUCACCCAAGAUGAUCUUCUUCACAUUUUGUCAUUUCUACCCAAAAGUCUCAACUUUGUGAAUCAUUCAAGUUACAUCGGCUGGAAAGAGUCUAGGAAGUUGAGGCCGAUAAUCGUUGAUCCGGGGCUUUAUCUUAUGGAGAAAACUGGGAUGUUUUAUGCUACACAGAAAAGGGAGUUGCCUAAUGCCUUCCGGUUGUUUACAGGUUCAUCCUUUUCCGUUUUAAGUCGUAACUUUAUUGACUUCUGCAUCCUUGGUACAGACAACCUCCCAAGGACUCUACUGAUGUAUUUUGCAAACACUCCAUCUUCCCUUUCCAAUUACUUCCCUACCAUUCUUUGUAAUUCCCAUAAGUUCAACAGAACAGUCAUAAACAACAAUUUAUUAUAUGCCACAUUCGACAAGUCCUCUUAUGACGAGCCUCGCCUGCUCAGUUCUAAUGAUUUUGAGGUAAUGAUUCAGAGCGGAGCAGCCUUUGCCACACGAUUCAAGUCAGAUGAUCCAGUGCUUGAUCGCAUUGACCGUGAGAUUUUGGGGUGCAGUCCUGGGAAUGUGGUGCCUGGUGGCUGGUGCUUAGGUGAGUCUGGAAAUCACACGUGUUCAGUUUGGGGAGAUUCCAAUGUUUUGAGGCCUAGUCUGGGAGCAAGAAGACUUGAAAAACGAAUUGUUGAAUUGCUAUCAAAUGGUACAUUUCGGUCUCAUCAAUGUGUAGUUGAAUGAUCUAAGUCCUGAAUCUCACUAUAAAGAACCAAAAACCCUCCCCCCCAAAGGGAAAAAAUGAGAGUUGAAAGGUUGAAAAAUGGCUUGCUUGGAUUUGCCAUAUACCCAAAUGAUUUUAGGACGAAGUUCAAUCUGUUGAUUUUUCAGUGAAACAGGGUUUUUACCUCAUUCAAGAUGAGAUUAUUGUGAAGUGUAUCUUACGAAUGACUUUGCUAUUAGGGUUUAUCUGGUGUGCCGUUUUGCAAGAGAAAUGUGCCCUUUUGUUGUACACAUUUGUUUAGUUUACGAUAUAAAAGUCUUACGUUGUUAGUACAA